GACCCCGACCCGUGUCCCUCCCGCGCCAGGACCGGAUAAAAAGGGGGCCGGGGCCGGCUUCGUUUGCGCUGUUGCCUGCCGCCCGGAGCCCUCCUGCUUGUGCUUUGCUCGCUGCGGCUUAACGGGGGCGGGCACUGGCAUCGACAGUGACAUCCCCGCUCGCUCCCGCGUGCAGUUGAGAUUGAGAGCAGCGCAGCGUGCGCGGACACGGCAGCGCGGCACUCUCUCUCGCUCGCGCUCGCUGCUCGGCGUCCAAUUCAUCAAUGCGCUCCUGCCCAACGGAGCAGAGCAGAGAGCAGUGAGCAGCGACCUCCUCCCCUCGCUUCUCCACCAUUGGGGUUGAGUUGAGCUCAGCCAUUCAAUGCCCGCCCGCUCUUGACUGAAGAAACGCCCCCCUCUUUUCUCUUCUUUAACCGCCCCGUGUCAUCACUGUUACUCGUACGCGCUCGCGCACGCCGGUUUCAAUACGGCCGCUGCGCGCGACGUCUCGUCACGCAGCAACAGGAGAGGGGGAUUGAAUUGAUUCAUCGACUUGUUCCGCUGAGGGACCUCCUCCGCUCGCCGUUUCAGUCUUCUAGCUGGAGGUCGGCACUGCCAUUGCUGGGCUCCUGUUCCGCUUGGUGGACUGCGAGAUGAAUUACCUCCGGAGCCGGAGCCUGAAGCGGCUCCUGUCCCUCGGCCGCCGGAGCAACGCCGACGAGUGCGCCGAGGAGUGCGUCGACGUCGACCCGCCGCCCAAUAAGCCCACCUGGAGGUGCUUCUCCUACGAGGAGCUCGACCACGCCACCAAUGGCUUCCACAAAGACAACAUGGUGGGCAAGGGCGGGUACGGCGAGGUCUACCGCGGGGUCCUCGACGACGGCCGCGCCGUCGCCGUGAAGCGCCUGGCGCCCACGGCCGCGGCGGACGAGAAGAAGGAGAAGGACUUCCUCACGGAGCUGGGCACGGUGGGACACGUCCGCCACCCCAACGUGUCCGCGCUCCUGGGAUGCUGCGUCGACCGCGGCCUCCACCUCGUCUUCGACUUCUCCACACGCGGCUCCGUCUCCGCCAACCUCCACGACCUGAAGCUGCCGGCCAUGUCGUGGAAGCAGCGGCACGGGAUCGCCGUCGGCACCGCGCGCGGGCUGCGCUACCUCCACAAGGGCUGCGCGCGCAGGAUCAUCCACCGCGACAUCAAGGCGUCCAACAUCCUCCUCACCGCCGACUACGAGCCUCAGAUUUCGGACUUCGGCCUCGCGCGCUGGUUGCCGUCGGAGUGGACGCACCACGCCAUCGCGCCCAUCGAGGGCACCUUCGGGUGCCUGGCGCCGGAGUACUUCACGCACGGCAUCGUGGACGAGAAGACGGACGUGUUCGCCUUCGGCGUCUUCCUCCUCGAGCUCAUCUCCGGCCGGAAGCCGGUGGACGGCUCCCACAAGAGCCUCAUCGCGUGGGCCAAGCCUUACCUUAGCGACGGCGUCGUGCAAGGGCUCGUGGACCCGCGGCUCGGCGACAGCUACGACGCCGGGCAGCUGAGGCGGCUCAUGUUCGUCGCGUCCCUCUGCGUCAGGGCCGCCGCGGUGUGGCGCCCGACCAUGACACAGGUGCUUGAGUUAUUGGAGUCCGGUGAGAUUUCUCAAGAUCAAUGGCAGAUGCCCGAGAAGGAGGAGCAAGACGAGCUGUGGGACUUUGACGAUCUCGACGACUUCGAGGACGACGACGAUGACAACUACGACGAUGAAUCCGAUUCCCCCUCGAUCUCCUCGUCGGCGUGCAGCAUCCACCCCAAUGAUUAGCCCUAAAAUAUUUGCAUCUGUCAGUAGAUUACUAUUAUUAUUCAACCUGCUGAUACGAUCCUUGCGAUUAUAUCAGUGUGUACAUACACCAUCCAUCCCUAGUUGAGAAUAGUAAUGAAAAUCCGGGAGGAAAAAGAGAGAGAAGAGGAUUCAGAUUUCAGGCCCGUGGUUUUCA